GGGACAGGAGGAAUACCUGGAAAAAGUUUGCUCCAUCCGGGUGAUCGGGGAGAGCGACAUCAUGCAGGAAUUCCUGUCGGAGUCUGACGAGAACUACAACGGGGUGUCGGACGUGGAGCUUCGCGUGGCGCUGCCCGACGUCACCACGGUGACAGUGAGGGUGAAGAAGAACAGCACCACCGACCAGGUGUACCAGGCGGUGGCCGCCAAGGUGGGCAUGGACAGCGUCACCGCCAACUACUUCGCCCUCUUCGAGGUCAUCAACCACUCCUUCGGUGAGUCCGGGGAUUCCUCGGGAAUUCCUUGGGAAAAGGGGUUGGAAAAACCCCCCUGGGGGGGG